AUGAACACUGAGCUUAAUGAAAAACUGAUCGUUUUUAUCGACGGCAUUGCUGAGAAUGUAUUCUGGGUUCAGUUUAUAAUUUCUACAAUCGGAUUAAUUAUGAACAUCCCACAUCUCUUUAUUCUACUUCAUAAUUCUAUGAGAACAUCUUCUACUAAUUCUAUAAUGAUUGGAAUUUCGAUCUGCGAUUUGAUAGUUUUAUCUGAAAAUGUCUACGAAAGAGUUCAAAGUUACUGGUUCUAUGGGUCUCAGUAUCCAUGCAUCAAUAACUUUAAAUUUUGGUAUCUGUACUCCCUACUUAUUGGAGAUUUUCUUCGGGACAUUUUCGAAGAAACGUCUUUCUGGCUUGGAGUGUUCCUAGCGUUUACCAGAUUAGUUAUCAUGAAAGCGGCUGGAACUACAUUAAAAAUCUCUAAACCUAUUUUUGGCUAUUUUCUGAUACUGUUAUUGGUCGGUUUGAGCUCUAUACAUAGCGCACACUAUUAUCACGGAUUCAGAACGAAGAAAGGUUGCCAAAGUCAGUUCCCACACUUAGCAAUAUUGCAUUAUCAACCACUAUCAAGUAUUUACAAUUACGGGUUCAUGUUUUCUCCAAGAAAACUUUCAUCGUUCUUCUCCUCACACAGAUCUUUAAAGGUGGGGGGACAUGAAAAAAAUAAUGUUCUCGAAAUUCCGUUCAAAGAUGCCUCUCGAGGAGUUGAACUUGUGAAGGCGAUGAUUGAGGGUGCGGCGCCGCUACCGACUGAGCCACGCGGGCAAAGAGAAAGCGCACGCCCGAUUGCAUACAUAAAGGCUAGGACGACAGCUGUACGCAGAGUGAUAUUAAGCGUUGUACACCGUGACGGUAGAAUGCAUACUCUAGCUACAAAAAAACUACGAAAAAUCUCCUGUCCCCCCACCUUUAAACGACUCUUAUCAGCAAAAAUUGCUAAUUCAGAUUGUGAAAUUUUGCUCGCAACGUUCAUUUAA